CAGGCACGGUGGCGCCAGCGGCGUUUGUCUGAGAGCGGCGCCCGCGGGGGAGGUGCGAGUCCCAUUUAAAGGGCCAGCGCCGCCGCGAAGUUGUGCGGAGUUGGCGGGGCGGGUGCGGCUGCACCCGAGGCCGCCCGCACCAUGGAGCCGGCAGCGCCCAAGAGCAAGCUAAAGAAGCUAAGUGAAGAUAGUUUAACUAAGCAGCCUGAAGAAGUCUUUGAUGUCUUGGAGAAGCUUGGUGAAGGGUCUUAUGGUAGUGUGUUUAAAGCAAUACACAAGGAAUCUGGACAAGUUGUGGCAAUUAAACAAGUCCCUGUUGAAUCGGAUCUUCAGGAAAUAAUUAAAGAAAUUUCUAUAAUGCAACAGUGUGACAGUCCCUACGUUGUCAAGUAUUAUGGCAGCUACUUUAAGAACACAGAUCUCUGGAUUGUUAUGGAAUAUUGCGGAGCUGGCUCCGUCUCGGACAUAAUUAGAUUACGGAAUAAAACAUUAACAGAAGAUGAAAUUGCAACCAUUCUUAAGUCUACACUUAAAGGACUUGAAUAUUUACACUUCAUGAGGAAAAUACACCGAGAUAUAAAAGCAGGAAACAUCCUCCUUAAUACUGAGGGGCAUGCAAAAUUAGCUGAUUUUGGAGUGGCUGGCCAGUUAACUGAUACAAUGGCAAAACGAAAUACUGUUAUAGGAACUCCAUUUUGGAUGGCUCCUGAGGUAAUACAAGAAAUUGGUUAUAAUUGUGUGGCAGACAUCUGGUCUCUUGGUAUCACUUCAAUAGAAAUGGCUGAAGGAAAACCUCCAUAUGCUGACAUACACCCAAUGAGGGCUAUUUUUAUGAUUCCCACAAAUCCACCUCCAACGUUCCGGAAGCCGGAGCUGUGGUCUGAUGAGUUUACUGAUUUUGUGAAGAAAUGUUUAGUGAAGAAUCCGGAGCAGAGAGCUACUGCAACACAACUCCUACAGCACACAUUUAUUAAGAAUGCCAAGCCAGUCUCAAUUUUGAGAGACCUGAUCACAGAAGCUAUGGAGAUCAAGGCAAAACGACAUGAGGAACAGCAGAGGGAACUGGAAGAAGAAGAAGAAAAUUCGGAUGAAGACGAGCUGGAUUCUCACACCAUGGUGAAGACUAGUUCAGAGAGUGCUGGUACCAUGAGGGCUACAAGUACAAUGAGUGAAGGUGCUCAGACAAUGAUUGAGCAUAACAGUACCAUGUUAGAAUCGGACUUGGGCACUAUGGUGAUAAAUAGUGAUGAGGAUGAAGAGGAAGAUGGGACCAUGAAAAGAAAUGCUACUUCACCGCAAGUACAAAGACCUUCCUUCAUGGACUACUUUGAUAAACAAGAUUCCAAGAAUAAAAGUCCUGAUAACUGUAACCAGAACAUGCCCUACCCCGUAUCCAAAAAUGUUUUUCCUGAUAACUGGAAAGUCCCUCAAGAUGGAGACUUUGAUUUUUUAAAGAACCUAAGUUUAGAAGAAUUACAAAUGAGGCUAAAAGCUCUGGACCCCAUGAUGGAACGAGAAAUUGAAGAGCUUCGUCAAAGAUACACAGCCAAGAGGCAACCUAUCCUUGAUGCAAUGGAUGCAAAGAAACGGAGGCAGCAGAAUUUCUGAAUGUGUUUUACCCCCAAAGAAAAUGUAGCUAAUUGACAUGGACUCUGGUAAAUUGUGAAUCAAAAGGAAUUCUAUCUUUACAAGUUGUCUUUAAUUUUAAAUUGUGCUUUACAACCAAGCAAAGUUGGAGCACUGGAAGAACAGAUGAGGAAUUAUGCAAAGACAGUGGAAAACAUGUAAACUCUUCUGUGCGUUUACCACUCUUCUGUUUUCAGACCUUCAAUGUAAUGGAAGUUUAUCUUGUUUCUUUUUGAUCCCUUUCUGUUGUAUAGUGGUAAUUAUGUGCUGUACAUUGGAAUCUGUGUUUAGAGCACCUGAAAGACUUAGAAGUAAUUUUUCAUAGUGCAACACUACCGGGCCUUAUGUUGCAAUAUAUUUUCCUCCCAUUUACUAGCAUAUUUAUUAUAUACUCUUAGGUUAUUCUAUUUAUUGUAAAGCCCAUUUGUGUAUUAAAGAAUUGGGGAAGGGGAAGUUAGGAUAGUUAAGGUGGAGAGUAGAGUCAUAUUGGUUAACAUUGGUGUAUGAAGUACUUCAAGAAAGGCUCACCACAAUAUUGUGUUUUAGAGUCCCAGUUUAGGAAAGCAUCCCAGUUCAGGAGAAUACUUAAGCACAUAGUCAAAUCCUAUUGAAAUCAAUAGGUGUAAAGCAUAUGCUUCAAGUUAAGCACAUGCUCUAUUACUGUCCUGAAUCAGGGGCUGUGGCUGUAAAUGAGCAAUACAAUUGCUACAUUAGAGAACAUUUAUGUGGGGUACAUUGCUGCUGCCUUUAUUCAUGUUGAGUGCUCUCUUACUACACAAUGAAACAAGUGCCUACUCAGUUUUAAUUUUUCUGUGGUGCAGGAUAAGCAAUAAUUCAAGUCAAACCUGUUGUAUAAAUCUCUAGUUGCCAUUGCAGUUCUUAUAGUCUUAUCAGUUUUAAACAUCCUUUUGCACCAUAGAUGUAUAAUGAAGCAACAUCUACACAUUUUGGCCAGUGUUUUGAUUUUUUUACCUGUUUGGAGGGUGGGGGGGACUUGACUGGGUGUUUCUUCUUUGUUUGUGUUGUAUUGCAGUCAUGUAGGUGUAAGGGGCACUAGUUGAAAAGCCAAAGAAAAUAAGUGGAAAACCUGUACCCUUUUGAAUAAGUCCAAAAAAGAAACAAAGUUUUUUGUAGUGGCCUUAAAGGUGCAAUCUUGCAUUGGCUAAACCCCAAAUUACCCAUAUUCUUCUGUGGUAGUUUUCAGUGCAUAUUAAACGUAUCAUCAGGCUCUUAAUACCUUUGACUUCCUUUGUUUGUAUCAUCUGUAUAUCUGAUAGGUGAAAUGACCACAUUGCAAUAAAUACACCAAACUCAUUUGUAUGAAAAUGUGAUCCACUUGCUGACCUUUCUACUGUGUUACUAUUAAUAUCUUUACAGUUUUUUACCUUUCCUUUCCUUAACUGUGAUAUUCACGUUUCUUUAAAGAAGACAGCCAAAAUUAUCAUUACUUGCAAACUGAGGCUGUAAAAAUCUUAAUGGUGACUACUGUAUGGGCAUCUUGUGUUACGCAUUUUCUGGAAGUUUUUAAACAUCUCAUACCUCUUAACAUUUACUGUGAUCACACAUGGACCAUACAUACUGAACAGUGCAGACUUCCGAAACCAGGCAUUCUUUUUUAAAGCUGAAACACAGAAAGCAACACUUUUAAGCAAACUGGCCUAUUUGUAACUGUACUGGGACCAAUUUUUAUUCUGUAGUUGUAUAUGGCCAUUGUUAUGUAAACAUGUGCAUGUGCAUGCAUGUUUAACUCCAGCAUGUAAAUCACAAAGUCAAAUAAAUUUUAAACUGUCUGGGUUAGAACAACUGACCCUCAGACUUCCAAAAGUUCUUUAAAAUAUGAACAACCUUUGUAAAAAGGGAGGGAAGUAGCCCUUAGAAAUCUAUGAAACCUACUGUAAACCAAGAUGCACAAACUUUUACUGUCCAAAAUGUAUGCAAACAAUGAAGUAGAAGUAAGAUUAAAACUAAGGUAAUAGUUUAUUUAAAAAAAAAAAAAGUGCCAACACAAAGCAGUCAAUAUAGAGCUGCUGUUUAAAAAUCACUUAUAAAGUUUGGCUUCAUUGCUUUUACAAAGACAUUGAUGUUGACAUACAGAACCAGAAAUAUAAUAUAUGGAAAGCAUAAACUCAUCAGGAAGCAAAAAGCCUAAUUUGACUUUUCCUGGUUUUUCUCCUAAGUAAAAUGAUAUUGUUAAUUGCACCCCCUUUGCAACAUUACCUUUCUUUUCCUUACUCUUUCACAAUUGCAAAGAUAAGCAUCCUUUGGUUGUGAAAAAUAUAGGUUCAUGAUGACAUUUUUCAUAUUCAGUGCCUUCUGGAAAAAGUUGUAAUUUAGUGCAUAAUAUGUGACAUAGUUACUCAGAGACCAGUAGACAGAUUAGCAACCUAACAGUGACAUUGGGAAGGUAAAGGGCAUUGCUUGUUCUCUGCUGUUGAAUCUAAUUGCAGCUUGCCUUUCUUUCUAAAUGAAGCAACCCAGUUGAAUUUUACAUAAGCACAUGCAAGUUCACACCAUAUGACAGGAGAAGAAUCCAAAAGUCAUAGUGAAAAUUGAGACUGUAAACCACUUACAAUGAGGGAAUUAAAGGCUUCUAAGAUACAGUAAUAUAGA